AGGCCCAAGGGCGGCAAGGGGGGCCACCGCCGGGCCUGGCGCGCCUCGGAGCCCCCCCCUGCCGGGCGCCGCCAUGGUGGUCAUGGUGGGCCCCCACGGGCAGAUGCCCCCGGAGAAGAAGGCCCGGUGGACGGCGCCCGGUGCCGUCGCGCCCGGCGGCGUCCCAGGCAUGGCCGAGGGGGAGGUUCGCUUCGAGCAGGCCAUGUCGGUGCGCACGGCCGUUGCGAUGACUGGCUCCGUCCUGGGCGGCUCCGCCAUCACCGUCAUCCCAGACGCGACGUCGACGGACGGCACGAAGGUCAUCGUCCGGGGCUUCGGCCAGGCCGUGGCGUGGCAGGAGCUGAAAGACCACUUCAAAGCGUGCGGGCCCAUCGCCCACGCUGACGUCAGGGGCAAGGAGUCAGGCAGGAAGCGGGACUCGUACCCGAGCGUGGGGCAGAUCCGCAUGAGCACGGCUGCGGAGGCCGAGAAGGCCCUGCAGCUGCUCAACGGCAGCCAGCUGAUGGGCUCGGUCCUGGAGGUGAAGCUCCAUAGCGGCUCUACGGACGCCACCAAACUGCAUGUCUCGGGCAUCCCUGCUGGCGCGGCAUGGCAGGAGCUCAAGGACCACUUUGCAAGCUGCGGCACCGUGCUCCACUCCGAGACCACGCCGAUCAUACCGGGGCAGGAGUUCACCGGCGAGGUGCGAUUCGAGGACCCGCAGCACGCGCAGCUGGCGCUGAAAACGCUGAACGGCAGCAGGAUCGGGGCUUCCCAGAUCUUCAUCUCGCUCGACCAGAAUUCCACGGACAAGACCAAGCUGGUCGUCACGGGCCUCAGCCCGGGCACCGAGUGGAAGGAGCUCAAGGACCACUUUGCCUCCAUGGGCACCGUCGCGCACGCCGACGUCCACAAAUCGAAGAACGGCGGCAAGGGCAAGGGCUGGAACUCGUGGGGCGCCAAGGGCGGCGCCAAGGGCUGGGCCCCGUGGGGCGGCAUGGGCGCCAUGGGCGGCAUGGGCGCCAUGGGCGCCACGGGCGGCAUGGGCGGCAUGGGCGGCAAGGCAGGGUUUGGUGCCAAGGGGUGCGCUGGCGGCGCCGGCGGAGGCGGAGGAGGCGGCAAGGGCUUCCCGAGGGUGCCCGGCGCGCUCACGGGCACCGUCCGGUACGAGACACCCUUCGCCGCGCAGGCUGCCGCGCAGCAGCUGAACGGCUUCUUGUGCAACGGCGCGCAGCUCACGGUGGACAUGGAUUGGAACUCCGCGGACGGCACCAAGUUGUGGGUGGGCGGCAUCCCGCCGGGGACCAGCUGGCAGGAGCUCAAGGACCUGUUCUCGCAGUGUGGGCCGCUCGCCUACGCCAACGUGAACACGGGGAAAGGGGGUGCCUUUGGGUGAGCGGGCCCGGGCUAUACCCUUGCCGCGAGCAGGACGAAGAGAUCCCACAUGCGCUCUUUUUCCCCUGCGCAGCUCCUCAC